AGGCGGCAGCAGGUCAGGACGCGGGGCUGCCAGCGAUGAAGCCGCCUAGUUCAUUGCAAACAAGUGAGUUUGACUCAUCAGAUGAAGAGCCUAUUGAAGAUGAACAGACUCCAAUUCAGAUAUCAUGGCUACCCCUGUCAAGAGUGAAUUGUUCUCAGUUUCUUGGUUUAUGUGCUCUUCCAGGUUGUAAAUUUAAAAAUGUUAGAAGAAAUAUCCAAAAAGACACAGAAGAACUAAAGAGCUAUGGUAUACAAGACAUAUUUGUUUUCUGCACCAGAGGAGAACUGUCAAAAUACAGAGUCCCAAACCUUUUGGACCUCUACCAUCAGUAUGGAUUUAUCACUCAUCAUCAUCCAAUUCCAGAUGGAGGGACUCCUGACAUAGCCAGCUGCUGUGAAAUAAUGGAGGAGCUUGCAAUCUGCCUUAAAAAUAACCGAAAAACCUUAAUACACUGUUAUGGAGGACUUGGGAGAUCUUGUCUUGUGGCCGCUUGUCUCCUCCUCUACCUGUCUGACACAGUUUCACCACAGCAAGCCAUCGACAGCCUGAGAGACCUGCGAGGGUCUGGAGCAAUACAGACGAUCAAGCAAUAUAAUUAUCUUCAUGAGUUUCGGGACAAACUAGCUGCACAUCUAUCAUCAAGAGAUUCAUUAUCAAGAUCUGUAUCUAGAUAAAAGAGAAUUUCAAAUAACAUAUAUAUGACCAUGUCUGAAAUUUAAGAGCUUUUUAACAUAAUUUGUACAGAAAUGAAACUUACUAGUGUCACCAGCCCGAAUGUAAAUGUUUAUGUGCAGA